AUGGCUCCCGCAAAAAAGCUAGGUUCUCCAGUCGAAUUACCAGACUGUAGGCGGACAGUUCUCCCCAAGAAGCUCUUGCCAUCCGUGUCUUUCCAUGAUGAUCCCGCACGGCCCGAGUUCGUUAAACAUGGGUCCCCAUAUGACCAGGUGGAUAGAGUCUUUUUUGGGCUGAACCCUCCUUGGAAUAACGUCCAUGCCAUUGAAUUCAAGGAUGGGUUUCCUGUUGGCUUCCUCAUUCACCAAAAGGUUGAAUCAAAGAACAUCCCCCUGGAUCGCAUCAGACAGGUUUCACAUAAAAAUGUGUUGAGCCUCGAGGAAGUAUAUUUUCUAAAAGGAAAUAUUUACUUUCUCUAUAACCAGUGGGGAAUCACUCUAAACGAGAUCGGACAGCUAUCUCCAGUCUUUAACCUCAGCGAGGUUGAGGUUGCUGUUAUCUGCAAAGCUAUACUUCAAGGGUUGAUCUAUAUCCACGAGGAUUUGGACACCUGUUAUGGAGACCUUACAUUGUCCAAUGUUCUUAUUACUGAUCAGGGUGACGUGAAGAUCGCGGGUAUUGGCAAUAGCCUACUUCAGAAACCCAAUCCUCUGGGUAAAGCUAGAGACGUUCAGGCGGUCUGUCGUAUGGCUCAGAAUCUUCUUACGCCGAGAAAGACGUCAACGUACGCGGCACAACAGGACUUCUUGCUCAAGAUUUCGCUGGUGCUCCACCAACAGCAACGGCAAAGGGCCUUCUUCAGUUAA